AUGGCUACGAGACAGCCAUUCCGGUCAUCUUCUAGUUUGAUUCUCGAAUCUUUCCUUUCCCUUUCGAUAUGCUUUAUUUCUGCUAUCUUUUGUUUAUCUUCUUUCACUGCAGGUUCUGCACAUGACAUUGUUUUGUACCAUUUGUCAGCAUACUUUGAUGGCGAUUUCUUGUGCUCCCUCCAGCAGAUAAAAUCAUACACAAAUGGGGCCUGUCUAUUGUGCCGGUUUCGGGACUUCUGUUUGCUGACGUUCUAUGAUUAGAUACGAACAUUUGGAACCGGCUGGUUUCUUUGUUGCUUCAAUAGAGCACGGAGGAUUGUAGUUUUCAAAUUCUAUCUUCGAUCAAAAUUGUGCAGUUGCCUGUGUAGCAAUAGUUGUUUUCUUUCUUAUUGUGCAUUCUAGGACUUGUUUCUAUGGUAUCUUCGAUGACUCUCCGGCGUGUAUUAACAUGAUAUAUCUAUGGUGUGUUUGGAUGAACUAUUUUGCGCUCUUAGAACACUUGAUUUUAUUUCGAUACUAUUCGAAUUUAGUUGACUCGAUUGGCUCUAAUGUAGUGUUCUUUCAAGAAUGAGCUUUUAAUUAGAGUGGCAUGAUAGCAAACUCUUGUUGUUUGGUUAUUGACGUUUGUUUGAUUUUUUUUUU